AUGCACCCCUUCAUACGAUCCCCUCGUCUACUCUCCUUACAGAUGAAGCAAUUCUUCAAGAACUUGCCUAGCGUUCGCCGAUUUUCUCUUUCUGCUACUUCGCAGGCGCCUCCUCAGUCGCCACAGAGCUCCUCGAUCCAACGUUGGGAAGACAGCGAGGAACUCAUAGCAGACUAUGACCCUUCCGUGAACGGGUACUACCCACUCAAGCUUGGGGAUGUACUUGGAGGACACUACACCAUCGUCCAAAAGUUAGGAUGGGGUGUGUACUCGACCGUGUGGCUUGCCAAGGACCAACGCCACUGGCACGAAUACCCGACCUUCCAUGCGCUCAAAGUUAUGACCAGAGUCGCUACAGAAGCCCAGAGCAAGCUUCACGAGCUUGAUUUCCUGCAGAAAAUGCAUAUCGAAUCCCCGCAGCAUCCUGGAUAUGCGCAUGUUGUCCAUCUUAAAGACCAUUUCUAUCAAGAUGGUCUCUCCGGGCGUCACCUCUGCCUGGUCAUGGACCCAUUGCUAGAGGAUCUGCGCGUGUUUUCCCUGCGUUGGAGGCAUCGCCUCAUGCCAUUGCCCGCAGUCAGGUGCUUCGCUCGUCAAAUUAUCUUGGGCUUGCGAUACCUCCACGAUGAAUGCAACAUCAUACACACAGACAUCAAACCUGCCAAUGUCCUACUCGCUCCACCGGGCGACCAGUCAUCGUUCUUCGCCAACGUGGGCCUUGACGCUGACGUUGAGACUUCAGACGCCAAGGGCCCGAACGGUGCCGUAGUCACUCGCGUCCGCAGCACGCCCAUCCCAUAUCCCAUGUCUGACUGGGCCCAGAAGCCGGAGUCCGUCGAGUCGUGGCGGGCAGUUCAGGCCCAGAUUGGCGACGUAGGGGUCGCCUGCUGGGCGGACAAAGUCUCCGAACAUUUCACAGAGAUAAUUCAAACCCCAGCAAUGCGCGCCCCGGAGGUUGCCCUCGGUUCUGGCUGGGGCAAACCCGCCGACGUCUGGAGUCUGGGAUGUACGCUGUACGAGCUGUACAUGGGCCGUUCCCUCUUCGCACCGACCAUUAGUGAUCUGGCCGUGCCGACUGUGCACGCUAUUGCCUUUGGACAGUAUCCGCCCCAGCUUGUGCAGCGUGCAAAGCAUCGGGACAUGUUCUUUAAACCAGACGGCACCUUGAAGAUUGCUGUCGAGGGAACGGCGUCCUAUGCAAAUCUUAUCCGCAAGCGGAACGCGCCGGACGCGGCUGCCUUCAUCGACUUCCUGGAGCGCACCUUCGCUUUGGAACCCGCUGAGCGCGCGACGUGCGGCGAGCUGCUCUCCCACCCUUGGCUCAAUAUGUAG